GUCUGCGGAUAACGACGUCCGGUGGCUCGUUCCCAUUCUUGCUAUACGUUUGUCUUACAAGUGAAAUACGCUUGAAUACCGGUGUUUCAACGCACAUUGGUAAUAGAAUUUGACGUCUGUCAAAUUCCUUCACACAUCCAAGGUGAUUUGGAUAGCGACACCUAUCCACAAGACAUCAAGCAUAACGAGCAAGGUCCAGCGAGCUGCGACCUCCCGUGCGUCUAGCACUUUGGACGCUACUCUCGACAAAACGAGAGCAGCAGCAGCAUCUAAGUGCCUGAGCGGCAGCAGAAAUGUCACUUCUCGGUCUAAAGCGCUGCAGUGCGGUCUGUGCGAAGGAUGGGCCCACACAACGUGCAGCGGCAUUGAGCACGAUCUUUAUGAAUGCCUGAAAAGAACGGCAUCUUCCGCGCUAACAUUCCACUGUGACAAAUGCCGACUUAAUGUUAACGAUAAGUCCCUUCUGGCGAAUCUGACUUUGGCGAAAAAGACAGAUAAUAACGCCGCAUUGAUGACGCCCGUACUACCGCCCGUGACUCCUCCAUGCAUCCAUACUGUGCGCGAUCGAAGCCGCUCCUCCUCCGCUUCAUCAGCGGACACACCAAUGCAUAGUUCACAAGACAACCGAAAAAAGCCGUCUGUCGGCACUCCAACUGCAACUGCGACCUACGCAGCCGUGGCCAGCGCUGGCGCCGCAAAACCACCCGGCUGGGUCCAGGCCCCUAAAAAGAAAAGUUGUAAGACGGUAAACAACAACAAAUCGAAAUCACCGUCUACAGUGUCACAACUAAAGUCUGUGCUAAACAAGGUAACACGACUUGAGAAAUUGCUAGCCGAGAAACCGGCCUUACCGAAACCGGUGAAGCCAAGCGAUUGUAAGUCACCACGGGGACGGCUAUGCAACGUCAUGAUUUUCCACGCACCUGAGUCGACUGAUCCCAGUCCCCAGGUACGCUAUGACCAUGAUGUGCAAUUCUUGCAGUCUCUAACCGACAAACUACUGGAUGUUGGCGAACCCGGGUUACGAGUGAAACAAGUCACUCGUCUGGGGAAACAAGUUGAUGGCAAGUGUCGGCCUCUGCGCAUCGCGUUCGCCGACGAAACUGCCCCAAGGUUAGUACUGUCCCGCCUCGGUCGCCUAAAGGGGAUGAAAAUCCAUGUCCGGCCAGACCUUGAUCCCGCAGAACGAGAGCAGCUGAAGUCUGCCGUGAUCGAACUGAAACGACGCACGGACGCCGGUGAAACUAACCUGCGUAUCGUAAAUUUUCGCACAGUUGCCCGGAUACCCCGAAUCCGGGUAAACAGAGCAAUGACGCUUCAAGCUCGCCCAGCGGUUCCUACCGCGGAUUGCGUGUAGCGUUCAUUAAUGUAUGCAGCUUAAUGAACAAGCACGAUGAUCUGAUCCGCUUCAUUGCUUCACGUCGGCCAGAUGUGGUUGGUUUGGCUGAGACGUGGUUGACAUCUGAAGUGACAAGCGAAGAAAUUGCGAUCACGGACUAUUCGUGCUUCCGCUGUGAUCGACAGUCGAAUAGCCGCGGUGGCGUCCUACUUUACCUCCGGUCUACCCUGUGCGGGAGACUCGUGAGCACCUACCGAAGCAUUGACGGUCUGUGUGAGCAGCUGUGGUGUUCGAUCCACCUACGACGCGGCGAACUGCUUGUGGGUGUGGCAUAUCGUAGCCCACUGAGUAACGGAUUGGAUUGGCUCACACACGUCCAAAACCAAAUGAGUCGCCCGCAGUUCCUGCUCACUGGCGACUUUAACCUUCCUCGAAUCUUAUGGCCUGAAGUUCAGUUUCUCCCUGGGCAUAAUGAAGUGGAGACAAGAUUCGCCGAACUGGUACUGGAAACCGAAACGGUGCAGCACAUCACGCAACCCACCCGCAUAACCCCGCGCUCAAUGCCAUCAUGCCUGGACCUGCUGCUAACCAGCUGCGAACAAACAGUGCAUGACAUAGAAGUUCUUAAGCCCAUGGCGGCCAGUGCUCACUCGACAAUUAUGGCCACUAUAGACCUGCAGCUUCCAUGUGUGCGUCCAGUGGCGCCAACAUACAACUAUUGGAAAGCUGACUUCGAUGGCCUCAUUCUAGCUGCCAAUCAGCUUGAUUGGUCUAUGCCACAGGAUUCAUCCGUUGAAACUUGCUGGGCAAACAUUAAAGGGGCAGUGCACUCAUUGUGUGCGCAAUUUGUACCCCUCAAGACUCGGAAAGUUGGACCAAUGAAACCCCAUUGGUUUGACAAAGAGUAUAACCGACUGUCUCGACAACGGCGUCGACUAUGGAAUGCGUUCCUCCUGUCUGGCUCUGCCGAUGACUAUGAGGCAUACAAGCGACAACGAAACUUGUGCAACAGCACAAAGACGCGAAAACGCCGUCAGUUUGAGGAGCAGCUUGCUUGCUCAGCUAAAACUGCCCCGAAGCGCAUAUUUGCGUACGUGAAGCAACGCCUGAAGUCUGCAGGUGAUGUGCCGGUGCUAGUGGGUUCGAACGGACAACCACUAAGUUCAAACACCGAGCGUGCGUCCGCAUUAGCGGCGCACUUCGCUUCUGUAUUCGCAACUAACCAAACCUGCGCGCCAAGCUCUGCCGUCGCCGCACCGACUGAGCUAACCGACUUGAUCUGCGACGUCGCGGAGGUACAUGGGCUAGUCAGCUGCCUAGACAGCACGAAGCCAGCUGGACCGGAUGGUCUCCAUCCGCUGAUCCUGAAGUCCUUGUCAGCUGUGAUCUCACCUGCUGUAACCGACCUGUUCAACCGAUCCCUGUCCAUAGGCUGCGUGCCUUGUGACUGGAAAUGCGCCGUUGUCAAACUGAUUUCAAAAGGCGGUGACACACGCAAAGUGGAGAAUUACCGCCCUAUUUGUUUGACCGCAGUAUUGUCGAAAGUUCUGGAGAAGAUUGUGAAGAAGAGACUGCUCCAGCUACUGGAGACCAACUCUCUCCUGACGCCUGCACAGCAUGGUUUCGUGAGAGGCCGCUCGUGCAUCACUAACCUGCUGCUAACAUGGCAUGAAUGGUUGCAAGCAGUAAACCAACGUAAGUCAGUCGACGUGGUAUACGUCGAUUUCAGUAAGGCCUUCGACAGAGUGAAUCACGAGAUCCUCCUUCAGAAACUGAGGGAGUGCGGAGUCGGAGGCUCGCUGCACCAAUGGAUCCGUGACUUCUUAGUUGGACGGAAGUGGAGGGUGCAAGUCGACAGCCACCUGACCGACUGGUACCCGUCGACGAGCGGCGUUCCUCAGGGGACGGUGCUUGGCCCCAUUCUCUUCCUGAUUCACAUCAACGACGUGCCCAAUCUCCUUCGGUCGCCGUGUGCCUUGUUCGCGGAUGACCUGAAGCUAUGGAGGGUGAUCCAUACGUCGGACGACUUUGACAUACUUCAGCAGGACCUCGACCGCCUCUCCAUGUGGUCCGCCGAAGUAAGUUUGCCUAUCAACUCGGCAAAAUCGCUACUUCUGUGCCUCGGUAAAGGUGGAGCGGGCCGAUCGUACACUCUCGACGGCCAAGUUCUACACCCGACGCAUUGCGUCAGAGACCUUGGCGUUAUACAACGUUACGACAUGAAGUCACUGGACAACACGGACAAUAUGUAUCGCACAGCAUUGCGUUCGCUGUGGGCGCUGAAACGUAGCUUCUGCACCUGGUCGAAAGAGAUUGCCACUCGUCUCUUCACAUCCAUUGUACGACCGGUGCUAGAAUACGGCUCACCCGCCUACUGUCCGUUGACGAAAGGCGAGAUACACAAGCUCGAAAGAGUACAACACAUAGCCACACGGCUCAUUCCCGGUCUUCAGGGUGUGCCGUAUGAAGAAAGAUGCAGACAAUUGGGUCUGUAUACUCUAGCCUACCGCCGCGUGCGAGUGGACCUCAUCAUGACCCAUCGGGUAUUGCAUCUGGGUGCUUAUCCGAUGCUGAGGCCACUGCUCCAUGUCCGUGCGUCAAGCAGCACACGAGGUCACCAGUACAAACUGGUAGUCCCUGACCUCAAGUGGGUAGCUCAUCCCUUGUGUCUUGAGCGGCGAGUGGUGAACAUGUGGAACCGUUUGCCCUCGCGGAUAGUAGAAGCGAACUCGGUGUCGGAAUUCAAACGAUUCCUGGACGCGCACUUUGCGGAUGCCAGAUUCGACGAAGCCUUCACAGGAAACUGACGAAGGAAUCGUUCAAUGAUUAUAACCCAUGGAGCCCGUUAAUCCACCAACUGCAGCUUCCGAAACGAUGCCCAUCCGUAAUAGGCGGCGGAGCUGGUGAAGGACUCCAUGUGGUUCAUCCAAGAAUAUAUCGUAAGUACAUGGAGAUUUUUUCUAUGCUUGUAAAUAUUUUACUAUUUUACUUUUUUCACCUGGGCUAGCUCACUACUACAGGUAACACUGUGGCAGUGGGACAUGUCCUACAUUGAGAUAUAGCUACAUAAAUUUUCAGCAUCUUUCUCGCUAUCAUGACAGUCAAGU